AAUGGGAGGCCUCCAGUACAGCUUCGGGAAAAUAUUUUUAUUUUUGGCUGGGGGCAUCCAUGACUGGUGGGAGUGGUGUGAGGUGAGGCUCGGACUCGAGGUUCCUCGCACAGCGACGCCCCAAGCACACCCCCGCCCAGGUUGGGGGACAUGAACCGCCUCUCAGGGCUCGGCCUCAGCAGCCUGUGGCGAGUCGUUAUAGGUUCCGGUGGCAGAUGCUUCGAACAUCCACUAGGUGCGGUCCCAGCCACCCGCCCGUGCUCUGUCUCCCAGGCCGUUGCUGGGCGUGCGCUCCCGACUCGGGCGGCCCGGUGGCGACUCUUUAUCCCGAAGAGGCGUCGGCAUCUUCGCAGCCGGGCCUCAUCUGCAGCCCCCUCCCCCGGACACCCAACACGAAGAGUCCGAGCGGCCGAUCUAGGGUCCAGAAAAGGAGCUUUCUGCCCGGCUGAGGCCCCCGCCUAUGAGGGCGGAAGUUGUAAGACUGACGUGUCCUGUGCUGUUCUUCUGAGAGCCAGGAGGACUCCCCGCCGGGGCCGGGGUAUCCGAGGCUUGCGGGGCCCCAGGAGCUGGGCCGGGCUUCUGGCUGUAGAAAGCUUCAUCGGAGAGCACUUGGCCGAGCCGAGUGCGGUGUCUCUUGUGAGGUGGCCGCAGCCGCUGCCAUCAGGCACAGCAGCAGGCAACCCAGUGGAGGUCAGUUGUCAGGUCCUCUCCAACCCGCCUCUACCGCGCGGCUCGUUGGGGAGACCCCCGCAGGAGCCCAAAGGCAGCUACGGGGCCGGUAAGGCCGCUGGCGCCGCCUCGGCCAGCCCUUCCCGCGCGGUAGAACAGCUGCGUCAGGCCAUUGAGGAACUGUACUACUUUGAAUUUGUGGUAGAUGACUUGCCAAUCCGUGGCUUUGUGGGCUACAUGGAGGAGAGUGGCUUCCUGCCACACACCCACAAGAUAGGACUCUGGACCCAUUUGGACUUCCACCUAGAAUUCCACAGGGAUCAAAUUAUAUUUGCCAAUGUCUCAGUGCGGGACGUCAAGCCCCACAGCUUGGACGGGUUACAGCCUGACAACUUCCUAGGCCUCACCCACACUUACAGUGUGCACUGGUCAGAGACUUCAGUGGAGCAUCGGAGUGACAGGCGCCGUGGUGAUGAUGGUGGUUUCUUUCCUCGAACACUGGAAAUCCAUUGGUUGUCCAUCAUCAACUCCAUGGUGCUUGUGUUUUUACUGGUGGGUUUUGUGGCUGUCAUUCUUAUGCGCGUGCUUCGUAAUGACCUGGCUCGGUACAACCUGGAUGAGGAGACAACCUCUGGAGGCUCUGGUGAUGACUUUGACCAGGGUGACAAUGGCUGGAAAAUUAUCCAUACAGAUGUCUUCCGCUUUCCUCCAUACCGUGGCCUGCUCUGUGCUGUGCUUGGCGUGGGUGCCCAGUUCCUGGCCCUUGGCACUGGCAUUAUUGUCAUGGCGCUGCUGGGCAUGUUCAACGUGCAUCGUCAUGGGGCCAUUAACUCAGCAGCCAUCUUGUUGUAUGCCCUGACCUGCUGCAUCUCUGGCUAUGUGUCCAGCCACUUCUACCGGCAGAUUGGAGGCGAGCGUUGGGUGUGGAACAUCAUUCUCACCACCAGUCUCUUCUCUGUGCCUUUCUUCCUGACAUGGAGUGUGGUGAACUCGGUGCAUUGGGCCAAUGGUUCAACACAGGCGCUGCCAGCCACCACCAUCCUGCUGCUUCUGACGGUUUGGCUGCUGGUGGGCUUUCCCCUCACUGUCAUUGGAGGCAUCUUCGGGAAGAACAACGCUAGCCCCUUUGAUGCACCUUGUCGCACUAAGAACAUCGCCCGAGAGAUCCCACCCCAGCCCUGGUACAAGUCUACUGUCAUCCACAUGACGGUUGGAGGCUUCCUGCCUUUCAGUGCCAUCUCUGUGGAGUUGUACUACAUCUUUGCCACAGUCUGGGGUCGGGAGCAGUAUACGCUGUACGGCAUCCUCUUCUUUGUCUUCGCCAUCCUGCUGAGUGUGGGGGCUUGCAUCUCUAUUGCGCUCACCUACUUCCAGUUGUCCGGAGAAGAUUAUCGCUGGUGGUGGCGAUCUGUGCUGAGUGUUGGCUCCACUGGACUCUUCAUCUUCCUCUACUCAGUUUUCUACUAUGCCCGUCGCUCCAACAUGUCAGGGACUGUACAGACAGUAGAGUUCUUCGGCUACUCCUUACUCACUGGUUAUGUUUUUUUCCUCAUGCUGGGCACUAUCUCUUUUUUUUCUUCCCUAAAGUUCAUCCGGUAUAUCUAUGUUAACCUCAAGAUGGACUGAGUUCUGGGUGGUAGAACUACUGCUCUUUUAUCUUAAGCUCUUUCUUCAUGCCCCAUUGAUCUCUCCUACUAGCUUCUCUUCUGAUUGAGUGACUGAAUUGUGAUGGCAUUGUUGCCUUCCCCUUUGCCCUCUCAUCCUCUCUUUCCCAGAGAGCCUGGAAAUUAUACAUAUUAUAUGAGCAGUAUAUACUUGGACUUUUUAAGUUGCUUUUAGUUUUGGUUCCAAUUUUUCUUUUUAUAAAUGUCAAAAUAAAGUUUAUUAAGAAAAAGAA